GCCCCUUGGGAGGCAACUUCCUGCCUCAGGCCCCCUGCCCACUUGCCGGCCCACACAGGCUCCCAGUAGGAACCCUCUGUUCCCCUCACCAAGGGGGUAAGCAGAUGCCACAGGACUGCUGCUCAAGCCACUAGUGCUCACUUACCUCACUCCGUGCCCAGCUCUCUGUUGGGCCCAGGAUCCAGGCAAUCCAGAUAGACGUCUGCUGGGAAGCUCCUAGCCCUGCAGCUGCCUCUCUGGACAGAGGGAGGGGGAAGUGGCCAGAAGGGGAAGUGUGAGGAGUUCCCCUCUGGCCUGUCACCAGUCUCCUCAGGCCGUCGGAGUGGCAGCCCUGGGGCCUGGCUGCGGCCAUGGAGCCUCUGGAGACUCCCAUCAAGGACGGCAUCCUCUACCAGCAGCACGUCAAGUUUGGAAAGAAGUCCUGGCGAAAAGUAUGGGGUCUGCUGUAUGCAGGAGGCCCAUCAGGUGUGGCACGGCUGGAAAGCUGGGAGGUCCGGGAUGGUGGCCUGGGGCCAGCAGGUGACAGGUCUGCGGGACCUGGCCGGCGUGGGGAACGGCGGGUCAUCCGCCUGGCUGACUGCGUGUCUGUGCUGCCUGCUGAUGGUGAGAACUGCCCCAGAGACACUGGUGCCUUCCUGCUCACCACCACAGAGCGCAGUCAUCUACUGGCCGCACAGCAUCGCCAGGAGUGGAUGGGCCCCAUCUGUCAGCUGGCCUUCCAGGGCACAGGAGAGUAUCCCUCAGGAUCAGGGGAGGUGGAGGCUCCCAAGAGGGGCCUGGUCCCCAUGGAGGAGAAUUCCAUCUACUCCUCCUGGCAGGAAGAGGGCGAGUUUCCAGUAGUGGUACAGAGGACGGAGGCUGCCACCCGCUGCCAGCUGAAGGGGCCCUACCUCCUGGUGCUAGGCCAAGACACCAUCCAGCUAAGGGAGCCCUCCAGCCCCCAGGCCCUCUACACCUGGCCCUACCGCUUCCUGCGCAAGUUCGGCUCUGACAAGGGCGUGUUCUCCUUUGAAGCCGGCCGCCGCUGUGACUCUGGCGAGGGCCUCUUCGCCUUCAGCAGCCCCCAAGCCCUCGACCUGUGCAGGGCUGUGGCUGCUGCCAUUGGCCGCCAGCGGGAGCGGCUGCCAGAGCUGGCUGGGCCCCGGCCCUGUCCCCUGCCUCGGGCCACCUCCCUGCCUUCACUGGACCCACCAGGAGAGCUACGGGAGGUGCCCCCGGGGCCCGAGCCACCCAGCGCCCGGAGGGCAUGCCUGGUUGAGCCCGGGCCCCAGAGCCUACCCCUACUGCUGAGCCCGGCACCCCAUGAUGAGUCAGCACCUGGGCUCUAUGCCUCAGUGUGCAAGCGAGCCAGCGUGCCCCCAGGCAAGGCCGAGCACCUCUAUGAGAACCUGUGCAUGCUGGAGGCAGGUCCCGUGCUGCCCAGGGAUAGGGACCCGGAGCAGGAGGGUCCCAGCCGCCGCAGCCCCCUGGCCAGCCCCAUCUACCAUAACAGCGAGGACUUGGGUUGGCCUAGCCCUGCCCACGACAGCAGCCUGGAGGCCCAGUACCGGAGGCUGCUGGAACUGGAGCUGGAUGACAGUGAUGAGGUGGGGGGCUCUGGCCGCCCCAGUGCUCACUCAGGCUUCAAGGCCAAGCUAGUGACGCUGCUGAGCCGUGAGCGGAGGAAGGGCCCAGCCCCCUGCGACCGGCCCUGAAAGCCUUGUAUGGAUCUCUGCGACAGAAGAGAAAGGCACUCUGCUCUCCCUGGGCCGGGAAGGUGGGCAAACAAUGGACAUCUCGGACACACACCUGCAUCCACUCUAGCCUGCGGAUAUAAGGCAGGCAGCUUGGGGAGGACCCCUCAUGUGCCCUGUGGGCCCCCCAGUGUAUAGUGUACAGAUUUGCUGGUAAUAAAACCUCCCAGCUCUGC